ACAACAAGCAAAGGAAACAAAUUAAUUCAAAUAUUUGAAAAUAAAACUAAACCACUUGUGUCUGCGCAAAAAAAGCUAAAUUGCUCAAAUAAAGUCGAACAAUAGAAGCAAGAGCACAAGUUCAGGUACAAUUGCCGAAGGAAAGGAACAAAAACAAAUAAAAAAAUUAAAAAAAAAAAAUUAAAAAAAAAAAAAAAAUAAACCAGCUAAAACUCAGCAGCACGACAUGCCAACAACAAACAAUAGCUAGGAGCCAGUCAGAACAAGUGUUCGCGUGGCGCAUAUGCUUGUUGUUAUUGCUAUGCAGAGUAGAAUUGGCAAGCACGAAGCGGCAAGACAGACAGACAAGCGCAAGCUAAGCAAACGGCCGGGUGAUGUGUAAAUAAAAUAAAAAGUUAAUCAAGCAAAAACGAAUAAUAAAAUGAAAAUAAAAACAGUAAAUAAAACAAAAAACUAAAAAAAUAAGAAGAAAAAAUAAAUAUAAAUAAGAACAACAAUAAAGUGAAGCCGGCAGCAAACGCAAGCAUAUAUCAUGGUACACAGCAAAAAGCAAAAGAAAAACAACAACGAAGAAUGCAAACUACAGUAGAAAAGUGCAUGAAAAAAAACUAAUAAUAAUAAAAAUAAAAAAAAUUACAAAUAAAUAAAAAUUAAAACAACAACAACAAAUAUAAAGUAACAACAACCAGCAGGCGUGCGCUGCAUUACCAACUGCCGCUAGCAGAACUUUAGCACGUGCGCACGCGCCUUCCGACACACGUUUCUCGCGAUCGUCGCUUCGCACAUGAAUGCAUGAAUUGGCGCACUUACAAGCACUCUUAGCAUGGAUUAUCUAACGCAAGCGCUACAAAUUGGCAAUGCGCAUGCGCAUCAAACACACAGCGCGCUGCAGAGCGCGCAACAGCAACAACAACAACAACAACAGCAGCAGCAACACCAACAACAGCAGCAUCAGGCGCACCUUCAGCUGCUACAAAAUGUGCAACAUGCACAGCAACAGCAACAACAACAGCAGCAACAACAACAACAACUGCUUGGCAAUCUGCAGCCGCCGAGUCAUACAGCGGCGCUGCCGCCGCUCAGCUCAUUGCCACUACAAGUCGUACACAAUCUGCCACAUUUGUUAGCCGCGGGCGGCGGCAGUGUUGGCAGCAGUAUUGUUGGUGGCACCAACAGUAAUAUUGGUCUCUCCACCGCCGCUGUCAGCAGCCUUGGCAGCAAUUUGGUGGGCACAAGUAAUCUUGUCAACAGCAUAGCUGCUGUGGCCGCCAAUCCUGCAAGCAAUGGCAAUGGCAACGGCAACAACACGUCGAGCAACAACAAUAGCAAUACGAGCAACAGCGUACAUGCGAACGUGGUGAAUAGCCUGAGCAGCAAUGUGCAUUUGCAUCUGCGCAAUACAAUGCAAAAUGUUGCCAACACACAGCUGCAACAGACGAUCAAUACGCUGGGCAACAAUUUGGUUGGCAGUUUGCCGCCGAGCAGUCAGCUGUUGCAUCAUCGCUUGCAACAUUUAGCGAAUGUGGCGAAUGUGAAUAAUGCCGCGGCGGCCGUGGUCGCUGUGGCGGCGAACAACAUCAACAACAUGAACAACAUCAGCAAUGGCAACGGCAUCGCUAAUGGCAAUGUGCUGGCGAAUGUUGGCAACAACGCCAAUUUGAUUGCCAUCAAUAAUGCUGCUGGUGGUGGUGGUAGUGCUGUCAACAACAACAACAAUAAUAAUAAUAAUCCUGCGACGCCGAACAACAAUUUGAACUUGAAUGGCUUGGUAGGCAUUAUGGGCGGCGGCGGACAGAAUGCUCAGAGCAAUGGCAGUGGUGGCAACGCAAAUGACAGCAAUAACAACAGCAACAACGGCGCGAGUUUGACACAUAAUAACGGCAAUGUGUCCAAUGGUGUUGGCAACAACAAUAAUAACACAAAUGUGAAUAAUAAUAAUAUCGACGAUAAUAACCGCUGGACGCAAUUUCAAGUGCAACAGCUAUGGAAGCAACAUGCCUCAUAUCUCAAUGGCAGGAAAUCUCCAUUUUUGGGUUUCAUUUGCAAAACAAACGGCAAAUCCUCAUCUAAUAGCAAAGAAGUUAUCUGCGGAGAUGACAAAUACAAAGAAGAGGGUGACCUCUGGAAUGUGGAGGCACAAACCGCAUUCCUCGGACCGAAUUUGUGGGACAAAGCUCUGCCGUAUGAUGCCGAUCUUAAGGUAACACAAUAUGCAGAUUUGGAUGAAUUCUUGUCGGAGAACAAUAUACCUGAUGGCUUGCCCGGCUCCCAUUUGGGACACUCAAGUGGUUUGGGGCAUCGAUCAGAUUCGCUGGGCCAUGCAGCUGGUCUGGGGCUGGGUCUUGGCCAUAUAACGACGAAGCGUGAACGUUCCCCAUCGCCAUCGGAUUGUAUAAGUCCGGAAACAUUGAAUCCACCAUCGCCGGCUGAGUCAAUAUUUGACAUUUCAGCUUUCUCCUUUGCAUCGUCGGGGCGGGAUUUCGAUCCGCGCACCAGAGCAUUCUCCGAUGAAGAGCUCAAACCGCAACCGAUGAUCAAGAAAUCACGCAAACAGUUUGUGCCCGACGAACUGAAGGACGAUAAAUAUUGGGCACGUCGCCGGAAGAACAACAUUGCCGCCAAGCGAUCACGUGACGCACGCCGCCAAAAGGAAAACCAAAUAGCGAUGCGUGCCAGAUAUCUGGAAAAAGAAAAUUCGACAUUACAUCAAGAAGUGGAACAGUUGAAACAGGAAAAUAUGGACUUGCGUGCGCGUCUCUCAAAAUUCCAAGAUGUGUAAUGUUAAGAAGUACCACCCUCCUUCCCCUGAAAAAAAAAAGAAAAUUAUUAAAUAUAUAUAUAUAUAUACAUAAAUGUAAAUGUAUAUAUAGAUGUGUAUAUCACCUCCAAAAAUCACAACCACCAAUCUAAAAUGCAACCAAGCAGGCAACAACUUAUGUAUAAUAUAAGUAACCCAAAACAACCGUUAACCGUAAGGGCGGAAAAGGAACUGGAAAUGGUUAGAAAAUGAACCGUUAUGCAGCUCACCGCAAACAGCCGUUAGAAAACUCAUGCCACACACAUACUUUCACAUACAAACAUAUACACACACAUAUAUGCAAUUGCCUACCUGUACCAGCGGUACAGUUAUAUGGACAUAAAUAUAUAUAACUUAAUAUAUAUAUUUAUAUAUUAGUAUACAGCUUAUAAUUGAGAAAGAUGAAUUGAUAACGGUACACAGAAAUUAUUUGAAGCAGUUUUUAAUUAGCCUUGCAAAAAAGUACAGACAAAGUAUGAGAAAACAACAACAACUAAUUCCCACAAGCUGCGGMAGAAGAUGAGUGCAAAGAAUAUAUAGUAUAAAAGAGAAGCAAAAGAAGCAUAAAACCAAACAUAUUUAUAAAAUUGAAUAUACAUAUACAAAUACAAAUAUACUAACAAAAUUCAGCGCUUAACACAAUAUUGAAAGAGAAAGAAAUCAGAAAAAAUAACAACAACAACAAAGCGUCUAAGUCUGGCUAAAACAUAACUAACUAAUUCAUGAAACAACGAGACGGGAAGAAAAGAGCAAAUGUGAAGAUCCGAGUGAGCGGUAUUUGGGCGUGGAGGUCGCGCGAGCCUUUCUUGCAGAGUGUGGGAUGUUUGUAUAAUAACUAUAACAAUAACAGCAGUAAAUAGUAACGGGGCAACUGAAAAUCGGCAAGAAAGCCAAUGGAAUAUUAAAUUUGUUAAACAAAUAUGUAAAUGAAAGAACAACAAAAAACACAACAACUAUUACAACAAACACAAAGAAAAUAAACAUAUGUAUGUAUGUAUACUAGAUAAGUACAUAAUUUAUAUACAAAAGCAGACAUGUACGUGCUGCAAAUUAAGGACAACAACAACAAAACAUUAUUUUAAAAUUAUUGUUAAAAUGAAAGCAAAAGAAAAUCAAGAAAGUCAGACA